AGCUGCGAGCUUUCAUAACUGCGACAUUGGAUCAACAUGGCGGGCACCGUGGCGAACAAGUGUCUCAGUCCUCUGGCUUUCCUCACCAGGAGGCUCUCCGCUCCCGAGUUCAUCACUCAGUGUUGCUAUCACAAGAAGGUGGUGGAUCAUUAUGAGAACCCCAGAAAUGUGGGCUCGCUGGACAAAAACUCCAAGAAUGUUGGAACUGGUUUGGUGGGUGCCCCGGCCUGUGGGGAUGUAAUGAAGCUUCAGAUUGAGGUGGAUGACCAGGGGAAGAUUGUGAAUGCCAGGUUCAAAACUUUUGGCUGUGGUUCUGCCAUCGCCUCAAGCUCUCUGGCCACCGAGUGGGUGAAAGGCAAAUCUGUGGACGAAGCUUUGAAGAUAAAGAACACAGACAUCGCCAAGGAGCUCAGUCUUCCUCCUGUUAAGCUUCACUGCUCCAUGCUUGCCGAAGAUGCCAUCAAGGCAGCCCUUGCUGACUAUCGUCUCAAGCAACAAGAUGACCAGCAGGAGGCAGUCAGGGCCAGCAAUUAAAUGGAGCGCUCACGCUUUGUGCUGGGCCCGGUUUGGCUCCCUGCUGCCAAGAAGAGAAAUAGUCCAGCGUCAACACCUCACUUUCCUGCAGCAAUGAUGACGAGUCCACCAUCUUUCAACCCUCUGUAGCAGUGUUACACCAGGCUGUUUAUAUUAGUCUGCGAUCCUCUAACCGUGUAUACUGUAUCUUUUAGCCUGUCACAUAAACGCACAAUAUAAGCACUGUUUUGGGUUGUUGGUACAGAGAUGAGCCUUAUUUUGGAAAUUGCUUUGUGCAGGUGGAGUGUUUUUUAUAUUGAAAGGUGUGAUGGAGGUAUGGAUGAAAGCUAAAAGCUGUUUAUACCGUCUGCACUCUAAACGCACUGACCUGUUGAGAUUAAGUAAAGUGGCUUGAACCAAAAAAAGGGGGUCCAGUAGUUUUAAAUGUAACUUAUAUUUACAAAUGCUUCUUUAAAAGUCUGUAAUAAAACUAUCCCUAAUCGUA